AUGACGGCCGUAAUGUGGAUCAUGGAGAAAAUGUUCGUGAUGAUCAUGGAAAGUAUCCAUGAUGGUGAUGAUGAUACUGAUGCCAUGGGUCAUCCCAAUCAUCGUUCUACAAGCCAGAAGCUGUCAUCGGUACUACCAACAGAGCUAGCAAUAAUGUUGUGA